UUGAAAUACUCCCGAGCGGCCCAAUUGCAGAUCAUUUCUAACGGUCAAUUUCGUCGGCAGACCAUUAAGUGUCGCUUGCUGCGGUUCGGUACACUCGGAGUGACUUAUACAUCCCAAGCUGGGUCGAGGCAUCAUGAAUCGCUUGUGGCUAACCGUGACGUUGGUCGUCCUGUGUGUGGUGCGAGAAGCGGUGUCGAACAAUAGUCGCUGCGCCGGAGUACCGGACGGCGUGUUUAUAAAUGAUUUUACCGCCUGUGACGCGUUCUUCACGUGCUUCCGCGGAGAAGCGUUUCCUGGCACGUGUCCCAUGAACUUUGUUUUUAACGAGGAAGCACAGCUGUGCGAUCACCCGUGGAACGUAAAGUGCUUGAUAUGUCCGCCAAGUGAGGAUCUCGUGCCGACGUUUGUGCCUAUCGAGGGCGAGUGCACGUUCUACACGCUCUGCAUACAAGGAAUCGGUACGCUGCGUGAGUGUGCCAAUGGGCUGCUGUUUGACAGCGAGCAAGGAAUCUGCGAUCUAGCGGAAAAUGUUCAGUGUGAAACGGGAAUUUGUCCUAACAACGUGAACCCUACCGUACCGACCUCGGUACCACACCCAACGGACUGUUCCAAAUAUUACAUCUGCCUCAACGGUAACGCCGAGGAGCGCCAGUGUGCGCCAACGUUGCUGUUUAAUCCUGAUACAAGGUUUUGCGAUCUGGAAGAAAAUGUAGAAUGUGAGGAAGGAGUGCCUUCGCCCUCUUCGUGUCCACCGACUGGAAUUCAUCUCAUCGGUAAUCCGGCAGAUUGUGUAUCGUACUUCGUUUGUCUAAACGGAGAGCAGAGUACCGUUGCUACGAAUUGUGCUGCUGGUCUCAUCUUCGACAUCACAGAUUCCGUAUGCCGACCCGCGAAUGAGGAUUCGCGUUGUGCUAACGGAAUGGACCCUAUGCCACCGACUCCACCUUCGGCACCCCUGAUUGAUCUCGACUUGUAUUAAAACGAUGGAUACAUUUGAAAGUAUAUAUUUUUCGUUAAUAAUUUUGGAGUAGACCAAUAAAAACUAAAUGUUGUUGUGUGAUAUUUGUAUUUAAA